AUGGUUAAUCACUCAAAAGAGGCAGAAGUAUUUAAGGGAUGUCCCUUCCCCCGUCCUCUACUACUCGUUGUCCUUAUCCUGCCCACACAGAACAUCCUCUCUAUCACAGUAAACACCUCCUUUUACCAACUACCACCGCCAACUACCAACAUGAGCUUCCACGAGACCGCUCGAGAAGUCCGCCUCGAAGACGACUCCAUCCUCGUCGCCGAGCUUCGGAACGAUAACGGUGACUAUGUCACUGCCCGUUUUGACCUCAACAGCGUCCUCGGAAACGACGACGGCCGCUUCAUCUGGAGUGGAAGAGACUUCUCCAACAGUGCUUCCAACAUCUGGUUCCAGUUCGACGAGGCAACUAACCUGCCAAUCCUGCGAGCGACGUUGGCCAAUUCCGACGGCGAAGAGUUUGACAGAGACGUUAACCUAGCCGAGUGUAUCACCAACAACAACGGCUGCUUUGAAUUGCAAUAA